UAGUAAAAUUCGCGAGGAUAAUUUUUUGGAAUAAAAAUGAUUUUUCAAAGAAAAGAGUAUCUGAAAUUUCUUCCAGACCAAGUACAAAAUUUAACACUCUACAUAUAAUUUGACAAUUUUAUCCUCUAAAUUUUUUUCUCUAAAAAAACUAACGCUACAAUUAGUUAUAACAUUUAUAUUACGAUUAACAAUUUUUUUUUUUACCAUUAACUCAGAAGUAUCAAAAUUCAAUAUGUGUAGAGUAGAGAAGACGCCGAAAAACAAUAUUACAACCUACCCUAAUCUAUCCUGUCGUUACAAUAUAACCUCUUAAUGAAGAAAAGUCACGGUGCUCUGAACACAAUUAAACGAUGAAUUUACGUUGAUUUGCUCGAAAAUGCGGACGAUACUUUGUAGUUAGAGCAUUGUCAUUGAUAACUCGUCGAAAAUGCUGCACAAUACGGCGAUCCUGUCGCCUCAGGAAGUUUUGGCCGAGAUUAGAAAGUUCAUCUCCGGCGCCAGCCGGCCCGUUCACAGCGCGAACACGCAAGAUGUGACGCGUACGGCGUUAUCCCUGUUGAGAAACGUGCCAGCGGCGAGAGAUGCCGUGCUCGAAUAUUUCUGUAAUGUAUUUUUCGUCGCGGUAACGAAAUACGUUCGUCAGAUCGAGACGAAUCAGAAUAUACCAAUACCCGAAGAGAAUAUUAUAACAGAGAUUCAUACCAUUCUGAGCAGUUUUGUCAAUGGAAAUCCGGAAGCUUGGGCACCUAUCAUAUCAGUGUGGUCAUUAGACUUACUCGGCAAGCUGUCAUCUGACUAUUCCAAGCGUGGUAAUCUGCCCGUCAAUGCAGGCAUCAAUGAUUUUAUGCAGCAGUGGAUGUCGUGUCGCGCGACAAGGACUUUAAUAGACAUCACAGCCCAAUGUUUGCAGUGUCUCAUGCAUUCUGAUACAGAGUCUUGUAUCAAGGCAUUGUUGGAUGCCAGUGUAUUGCACAGUCCAUACUUUGAUUGGGUGGUUGCUCAUGUAGGAAGCUGCUUUCCAAAUACUGUGAUUACAAGAGUGCUGUCGUGUGGAUUAAAAGAUUUUUGCGCCAUGGGCUAUGAGCACAAUGUUAAGAAUCCAAAGUUAAAUUCCGUUGUUGGCAUAUUGGGACAUUUAGCGGGUAGCCAUUUCAAGGAUAUUAGAAAAGCGUUGCUAAACUUAUUUGAGUGGAGUUUGGAAGAAGACGUAAAUCUUGAUGAAGAUAUCAAAAAGCAAAAAUUGGCCACGGUGCCGUUUCUUCUCAACCUGGCUUCGCUUUCGCAAACUCUUUUGAAGGCAAUAACUAGUGAUGUGUUACAAAUAUUGAGGCCAGAUAUCAUACCACGCAUGGCGUUGUUCGCGGCAGACUGGUGUAAAUACUUUGACAAUCAACCAGCAGCAUUAAUGGACUUGACGGUACAUCUAAUGCUGGGAUGCGAGCAAGGCGCGUUGCAGAUAAUCAAUCUACUGCUUGAUACGAGUCUGAAUACGAGUAAUGUUGGCUAUCACAGCGUCAAUGUGGCGCAAAAUGUGAAGAACAUCUGUCGGGAGAUUCUGGAGUUGAUUCUACAGGAGAUCGAUCUUUUAUUGAGGACGCAGGGAUCGCAGCCCGCCAAUAUCUUCCUGCUGAGUUCUAUCAAACAGGAUAUAUCGUUAAUAAUGCCGAUGCUGCUGAAUCCUAAUCCAUUGCGCGUACAAACGGCCGUUAGGCUGUUGUGUUUUCUCAGAGGUCAUAAUCCGAACAUAGUCGUCUCCACGGCGUCUUACGUGCUGAUGAAGGCGCAAACGAUGUUCCAUCUCGCGGCCUUAAUACGCCUUAUCACCAAUAACGUCGUGCAGUUUCCUCCGAAUAAAUCGGGAAACGAGAAUAUCAUUACCACUUAUGAUUAUUUUACGCAGGUCUUGGAGCAAUCGCUCAGAGAGAUACACUAUAAAAGCGCCAUAGAUAAGGAAGAAUCCAGACAGUUGUUCAAGAAUCUUAUUGUAAUGAUGAAAUGGGAAAAAUCGAAUAAAGUCGCCAUAUUGCAGUCACAGAUGAUUAGCCGAGCCCUCAGAGCCAAUUUAUAUCAAAUAUCUUGUUUGUUGAUGAGAAGCGACGAUUUCGACUUGGCGAAUGACAUUGUCACUCUUGUGCAUCUGUUAAGCACACCUGGAAAGGAUCCAAAUCUCGAUUUGGAACUUCUGUUAAAGUUAACAAGGGCGAUCAUACACUAUUUCUUUUCAUGCAUUGUUCAAACUGAUAUUAUGAAAAAGCAACAAGGAGUAAAAAUAGCUUGUCAUUUACUAAAGGAUCUGACAUCUAUUGGGGGUGGUGCUGUAUCCGCGCGCGUAUUGGCGCUCAGAGAGAUAUUAGAAAAUAGCAUCAAUAAUGAACAGGCGAAGUACUUUGGCGCAAAAGAAAAAGUUGAGCCUCACUUCGAGGAGACAUUACUGUUACAUCAGAAUCAUAAACAGGUGACGAGUACCAUGUUAGCGCAGCGACAUUCAUCAGUAUUUCACGCUGGUGUAAUAGGACAUGGUCCACGAAGACUUCCGCCGGAAAAUACAAUUGAUAAGGAAGUCGUUGCCUUAAACACCAUGUUACUAGUAGACGUAAUAAAAGCUUGUUGUACUGUCCAGUUAUCAGAUAGAUAUCCAAUUAACUUGAUUGCUAUGUCAACGGUCAGUUUAUUGUUAGUUGGACUAGUAUCGCCUGACGUUAUGUAUAAUGGUCUACCGUGGCCUGAUGAGGACUUUGUAAAGGUCACAAUAGAAAGAGAUUUACAAAUUCGCCGCAGAUUUAAGGACGUACCUCUAUUGUGGACGUUGUUAGAGCUAAUCGCCUGGUACAAGCCAGCAUUAUCGUAUAGCUCCGUUUUAUUGAGAGGCAUCGCCGCGACGAUUUUGGCUAAUUGGAAUACAGAGGAAGGCGUUUCACUUGUCAGUAUAAUGGCACUUGGUCAAAUAAUACCACCGCCGCUGUCGAGUAUUAGAGACAUUCUACCUGUUUUACAACCUCAUCAGGUACAUUCUUCAAUGCUGCAAUAUUGUUUCAUUAAAUUUGUAUUUUUGCAAAAAUUGCUCAAAUUGCAGAUAAACAUAAUAAUGAGGGAAUGCUUGUGGGCAUAUAUGCGCGAUAAUAUACCAUGUCCAACGCUAUUUACGCAAAAUGAGAGCCAUACUGUAGCCUGGAGAGACACCGAUAUGUGGAAGCCCCACGCACGUUUUACAGAGACCCUUCGUUUAGUGCUAUUAGCAAAUAUUCAUAUUUUAGGAUCUUUGUAUUCGACAUUAUUUUAUAAUGAAAACAAGUAAUAUAAUGUAAUAUUUUAAUAAUGAAAACAAGCAAUAUAUCUUUGGGACAAUACUUAAAUUAUUUUUAAUUAUACACGUUCUGUAAAUACUACCAAUCGUGUUUGAUAGUAAUAAUAAUAAUAAUUGAUAAAUAAUGUAAGGAAAAUA